ACCGAGUUCUAGUUUGGAGAAGAAAGCACCUUUUAGUUGUGUGACUCUGGGCAAAUCAUUUAAGUUCUUUGUGCCUCGGCUUCUGCAUCAGAAAAUAGGGCUAAUGACAGUAUCUUUCUCAUAGUUUUAGGAUAAUUAAAUGAGUUGAUAUAUAAAGCAUUUAAAAACAGUUACUGGUAAAUAGUAAACACCCUAUAAAUAUUCAUUAAGUAAGACACAAAGAAACAUGUCAAAUUGGGAGACCCAGUGAGCAAAGGAAUCAGGAAAUUCCAAGUUUGUUAGCAAAGCUCUUCACUCCCAGGGCUUUAAUCCAGAUGCCCUUGUUGACUCCUACCCUCCUGCCUUUCCCAGUGACACCGGGGAGUGAGACCUAAAGCUCCUAUCCCAUCUCUUGGGAUUUUCCCCUCCCCUGGAAGGCCCAUAAUCUCCUAGCUUGUCAUUCUCUUCUCAGAAGUGAUUAGGGGCCAGCCUCCAAGGAUUAAAGGAGCAGUCUGUGGAGUGUCUGAGUAGGGGUACUCCACUUUGAGUUCAACCACUCUGCCCUCUAAGAAUUAGAACCCAUGGCCCUUGUGCCAGGGAGCAGCGAGGAUGGGCCUUGGCCUAGAGAUAGCCCAAGCUCCUCCCAGCACCCAGAAAGUCCUAGGCUGACCAGCCCCCUGUGGAUGGACAGAGGAGAAAUUGGCAGGGUUGAAGGUCACCAGGAUGUUCAGGUGGUCUCUCAAAAGACUCGCCUGCCCUCCAUUGUGGUGGAAGCUUCUGAGGGGAGUGAAGAGAGCGGGGAGCUGGGUUGGCCACAAGAGGAGCUGCUGCUGCUCACUGAUGAGGAAGAGGAGGCCGAGGUCUUCUUCCAGGACCAAAGUGAAGAGGCAGGCUGGACUUGGAGCCCACUGGACCCCAGAUCUCCGUUAAGAACCUUUAACCCAGAACCCAGCUGGGGGCAGGAACAGGUGGAACAAGAGGUCUCCUGGAUUCCCGAGGACACAGAGUAUCAGGAAGCCUCCAACCCCUGUCCUCUCUGGAACCCAGCAACAGGCUCCCAUGUGUGUAGAAGCUGCUUUGUGGAAUAUUCACACCUCCUGCCUCCCGGGAGCUUUGAGGGAGCUGAAGAAGAAGCUGUUCAAGAGACGACGGGUGUUGAACCGGGAGAGGCGACUGAAGCACCGGGUAGUGGGAGCUGUAAUAGACGAAGGCCUGAUCACGCGGCACCACCUCAAGAAGCGGGCGUCCAGUGCACGUGCCAACAUUACUCUCUCUGGGAAGAAGCGCAGAAAACUCCUCCAGCAGAUCCGGCUGGCCCAGAAAGAGAAAGCAGCCAUGGACGUGGAAGCCCCCACGAGGCAAGCCAGGACUAGUGAACUGCAGCCCAAACGGCAAAAGAAGACGAAAGCCCCCCAAGAUGUAGACAUGGAGGACCUCGAAGAUAAGAGCUAAAUCCCCACGCCUCCCACCGGAAGAUUCUCAGCUGGAGCCAGGAGGACUCUGGUUAUUUCGGAGGACUUUGGAGAAGGCAUUGCCCCUUUUCGCUCUUCUCAGAUUCCUUUUCCUUAAUGGCCUAGGGAGCUGCCCUGUAGGAAUGCGUCGAGAGGAAGAGCGUGGAGAAGGAAGAUGGGAGACGGGGGUCCUUAACAGUCAGCUCAAUUUGUAAUAAAGCCCUAGACUUCUCACUGA